AUGGUAGGUCCAUCUGGGUGCGGAAAAUCAACAUUUCUCCGAACAAUUGCUGGCAUUUGGCCAUAUGGUUGUGGAACAAUCACUAUUCCUCUUCAUGAUACUACUAUGUUUCUUCCUCAAAGACCGUAUUGUCCAUUGGGUUCUCUUCGCCAAUGUCUUACUUAUCCAUCCAAAUGUUUGUCAUCGAAGAAUGAUCAUAACAUUAAUCGUCUUUUACAUAAGUGUCACCUCGAAUCACUGUGCUGCUAUAAUCUUGAUGAUAUUCAAGAUUGGUCACGAAUUCUCUCUUUGGGUGAACAGCAAAAGAUGUCAUUUGUUCGUAUUUUUCUUCAUCGACCGAAGUGGAUAUUUUUAGAUGAAGCUACAUCAUCAUUAGAUCAACAAACUGAGGCACAUCUGUAUUCGAAUUUAUUCGAUGAACUUGGUGACGACACCACUGUCAUCAGUGUAGGACAUCGAACUAACUUAAGACGAUUCCAUAAAGUAGAAAUGAUAUUUCUUAAUAAGCAAAUUAAUAUUGUGAGUUUGACUCCCAAUAAAUUUUAA